UUAAAAUUACUUAAAUUUCUUAGUGCAGAAUUAUGCUGUCUCCUACCUUGAGCAAUGAAAAUAACAAAGGUAUGCUAGAAAGUGAAAUGAAACUUUUGUUCCCAGAAAUCAUCGAUGACAAGAUAAAGACCCUCGAAUUUUUAUUCGCGGCACGUGGUAUUGUGCGAAUUGUAGAUAAACUUGGCAAAGUUUUUGCUCCGGUUAAAUAUGAUAUUCAGGGUAACAUCGACAAACUCGCUACAAGAUACGCAACAAACAAAGAAAAAAAUACAACCCUACAAGACAUGAUUCUAAUUGAAAUAGCUACCGAAACAGCCACCAAUUUCAUUGCUACGGAUGCUUUAAUGUGGUUAACUCGAGGAUUACACAUGUUUUUAUUAUUUUUUGAAAAAAUUGUUCAAGAUGCUAAAACAGGAACACCAACGGAAGAUUUAGUAGCAUUUCUAAAAAAGUCUUACAAAGAAGCCCUAGAACCAUACCAUGGAUGGAUGGCACAACAACUUUUUGAUCUACUUUCGCGUAUGGUUCCUACUCGUUCCCAACUUUUACGGGUACUUGCCAACGAACAAGCUGACAACAAAAAUGGUAUUGUUAUUAACGAUAUGGAAAUCUAUUUGAUCCAUUUGCGACGCAACGUUUCGGUAAUACAGUCAUUUUACAAAACACAUAAUUUAGAAAAUAUAGUAUAGAACAUAUUUAAUGUACUAUACAUGAAACACUCACGAUAAUCUGCUAAAUUUUUAAGAGCAAUUAUACCAGUAAAAAUUUCAACAACAAGAAGAAAAACCAUAACACAAUUUAUGAUUGUUUCACUAUACUGUGGUAACAGCUCAUGGUCAAGAAGAAGAAACAUUUCCAAAGGAAGUUGUAUCAGUAGUGAAAUGAACCAACAACUAGCCAAUUCUGGAAUCUAACAAAAACUCUCUUCCAUACCAAACAUCUAUUGUAUAUAUUAAUAAUUAAUAGUAAAUUAUAAAUAUAAAAUAAAAUUACCUUUCCAGCAA